AUGAAUAUGGACACUAAGAAAUUAUUCGGCGAACUCUUGGAGACGAAAAAAUCUAGAAAAAAAUAUCAUAAACUCAAAGUUGUAAACAAGGACGAUGGGGAAAAAAGUCAAAAUAAUCAUCUUGAUCAAUCAUUUAAGUCAAAUAUUAAAUCAAUGUCGAAAAGUAAGAUAGGUAUGAUCUUUUUUAGUCAUAUUUAAUUUAUUCAUUUAUUUUACCAUAAUGCUACAUUUUUUAGAUUAUUCAGAUGGUUUUAGUUUUAUCAAUGAUUCAAAACAAUAUUUAAAUGAAAAAUACUAUGAUAAGUUUAUUGCAUCAGAGUCUUCUGAAAUGAUUAUACAAGAAAUCCCCAAUCGUGUUCUCCCUUCAGUAACAAACAUUCUUAAUGUUACAAUGUCAGAGAAGUCAAAAGCAGCUUUAGAAAAUUGGAAAAAGAAUAUGAUUGAAAAGCUUGGAGAAGACGGCUUUAAUAAAUAUAGUAAAGGUAAAAUAAAUCAUAUUUUUUUAAAACUUGUUUGUUAAGUUUAUUUAUAUAACAUCAUGCACAGUUUAAUAUCCAAGAAAAUGAUUAUAUUUUUGUAAAAUAAUUAUGGUUUAAAAAGGUUUUUAUUAGCCUUGUUGUCAGAAAUUUCAAAUCAUUUUCAGUUCCAAAAUUUCUCCUAAAAUGGCUAUAACACUGCAGGGUUCUUUAUACCUAAUAUUUAAUAUCUAUCUUAUGUUAUAAAAUGUAUUCUUUUGUUUUUCACCACUUUUGUUUUCUAUACGCCGCUAAUCUUGUUAUUUGAAAAUGCAAUUUAACACCCUAAAUCUAAUUCUUGCAAUAUUCUCAGAUUUAAUAACAAUAGGGCUUCAAGGCUCGUGUAUGUGCUGUGUAUAGCCUACAAAGUUAUUAAAAUAAAUUUGAAAAAAUAUUACACCAAUUUAUUAAUAUUACAGAAAAUAUUAGAAGCAAACAAAUUUAUUUAAUCACAAUAUUGUCUUCACUAUAGUAUAUUCAUAAUUAUUAUGUCCUAAAGGUAACACCUUGUCAACUUGACUAUAUGUGUCUGGUCAUUGCUGCUUCCUUUAGCUGUUGGUAGGAUGUGCAGUCCAUUUUCUCUUCUAAAUCGUGAAAAUAACUAAUUCUAGAUCUUCCUCCUGGACUCCAUUAUUCUUCCCUUAAAUAUGUUAUUAAAAAUAAUAAUUUUGACAUGUAAUAUGUAUAUUAUAAUUCCUAAUCUUGUAGUUUAAAAAUAAAAUUGGUUGUUCCUGUGUAGUACCUUAUUAUCAUAUAUUUUCUAUUAUUUUUAGUUGUAUGAAACUAUUUAAAAUAUAUUACACAUGUAUAUUAUUGUUUGAAUUAUUUGGUUGAUAUAUUGGAUUAUUUUGUAUUGUAUUUUAUUCAUUAUCAUCAAUGAUAUUAUUUAAUUAAUAUAUUUAUUUAGGAGUAUUAAUCAUUUAAUAAUUUGUUUUUACUUUAUUAGAUCAUUUUAAACAAUUCAAUAGAUCAAUCACAAUUAAAUGUAAUCCAUAUAAAUGUUUAUUUAUUUUUACAAUAUUACUGUGUUUUAUACAUUUGUUUAUUUAAUCAACAACAGGUUGGUACUUGCCUUUAAUUAUUUGUUAGUAGAUAUUUAAUAAAAUACUAAGUUAAGAAAACAGAAAAUUUUCUAAUAAAUUUUUGAAAACAUCUGCGUACAUCAUUUACUGUCCCAUAAACUGGUAUAUGAUACAAAAUAUCAUAAUAAUUAUCUAUUCAAUUAAAUAUUUAUUUUCAUUUUUGUAAAAACUUACUUUGCUUACUGUAUUUUUAAACUGCAGCGACUAAAAAUUGUAUUUGUGGGUAAAACGACAAAAACAAUUUCAACCUAUUCAUGUACAUAGAUCAGCAUAUUGAUUUAUUGAUAUUUAUAUGUGAAAUAUUUUAGAUUCUGAGUGAAAUUAAGAAUUUAUGAGUUUUAUUAUAAUUUAGUCUAUAAGGUUUGUGAUUUUUAUGUUAUUUCAAUAUAUUUGAAAACCUCAUCAAAACACGUGUAAAAAGCUAUUUUCCUUGGGUAUUUUAUUGAUUAGAAUAUAUGGUUAUGUAAAAUAACUGAAAAUUGAAAUACAGUUAGGUAUGUAUUUUAUAGUAGUUUAACUAUUGGACAUCCCUUAAAAUUAUAUUUAAAAUACAGCAAUGGCUAGUGACAUUGGGUAGUUGACAUUAAUAAAAACAACAAUUAUUUAUAAUUGUAUACUGGAAUAAUUGCACUCUAGUUUAGUGGAAAAAUCUAUUGAAUAUAUUAAUUAUAUCAAAAAAAAAAAGUUUAAUUAUUUGAAUAUUUAGUUGUAAGGUAAUUAUAAAAGUUUAUAAAUAAAUAUUAUUUUUAUUUUUCAGAGUUAAUGGCCAUAGGAAGUGCUAUGCACAGCAAAAUAAAAUCACAUUUAAAUGGUACUGAAUCUAAUGUAAGCCAAUAUGAUGAGGUGGAAAAAUGUUUGAAAAGUUUAGAAACUGUGUUAAAAAAUGUUUCAAAACCAAUUUUAGUCGAAAAAAAGGUUGUACAUGAUAAAUUGUUGUACAAAGGCAUUGUUGAUUGUGUUGCAUUUUACAAGUAAUUAAAUCAAUAUAAUGUUUUAUACAUUUUGCUGUUUAUAAAAUUUUUGUGUUUUAGACAUACUCCUGUUGUAAUCGAAUGGAAGAAGUCAUCUCGUGAUAAAUCAAGUUUACAGUCAACAUACGAUGCACCUCUUCAAUUAGCAGCUUAUAUGGGAGCCAUUAAUAAUGAUAUUUCUUAUGAUUUUAUGGUAAGUAAAUAAAAUAUAAUUUUUGUAAAAUAGAUUAAUUUUGAAUUUAUUCAAUUAUUUAGUUUACUAUUUUAAUUUUGAUCAGUACCUACCAAUAAUUUUUUUCAAAAUGUCCAUAUUCAAUCUUUAUAUUAAUUUUAUUGUGAAAUGCCCAAAACUUAGCUUAAUAAUUUAAAGUUUAAUUUUGUUUAGACAAUUUAAUGAAAACUUAAUAGAUUUUUUUAUAAAUGUAUGAUAUAGUGGAAUAAUGAUUUGGGGCUUAAAUAAUAAUAUCUCUUAUUGAGAUGGUUUUGAUUGUAAUACCUAUGAGUAAAUACAAUAAAUUAUUUGUUUGAUAUACUUUAAACAUUAUAUAUUAUUACUUGUAUUCUAUAAAUAUUAAAUAAUCAGUAUAAGAAUGUAUAUAUACGUCUAUAUUAUAUAGGUCGAAGAAGGAUUAGUAGUUGUUGCAUAUAGUGAUGGUCAUCCUGCUAAUGUUUUUAAAUUAACAAAACAAGCAUGCCUUGAUUACUGGGCAAUUUGGAUACAAAGAUUGAACAAAUACAAACAAAUACAGCGUAUCAAGUAG